CAGGGAAGUUAAGUUUUCUGUUGCAUCCUUGUCUUAAGGCUCCACCAGACGUCAUCCAAAGUCCCUUUCGUUUGACGUUCGGCUUCAGAUAAAUCACAGACCAUGAACAUUGUGGGCCAGCUCGCAGAGACCGUGUUUGUCACAGUGAAGGAGCUGUACCGCGGCUUGAACCCGGCCACCCUGACCGGAGGGAUCGAUGUCAUCGUGGUGCGGCAGCCUGAUGGAUCUUACCAAUGUUCGCCGUUUCACAUCCGCUUCGGGAAGCUCGGCGUGUUGCGCUCCAAAGAGAAAAUUGUCGACAUCGAGGUAAACGGAGAAUCGGUCGACCUGCAUAUGAAGCUCGGAGAUAAUGGCGAGGCUUUCUUUGUGGAGAAAGAAGAAUACAUGGAGGUCCCAGCCCAUCUGUGCACCUCCCCAAUUCCUCUGGAGGCCCCUGAGGAGACGGAUGUGACCGCCGAGGGGUCCGAAGCUCGCAAGAAGAAGCGGCGGCGGAGACACAUGCGUUAUGAUAAUCAGCAGAGGGGCGAAGCCGACUCCUCGUCAGAAGAAAAAGACAAGGAGGAGAGUACAAAAGACUCUGACGCUGCUCAGUGGGAGAGCGCUUCAUCUCAGGCACUGCUGACCAGUAAAUCAGUGUACUACUCACUGCGUGAGGAGCCAGAUGAGGAACUGGGGGCCACACAGAAUAGAGGCGUUGAUCCUCAUUCAGACGAAGAGCUCCCAGAGAAUGUUUUCUUGAGUCGGCCGGAUUCUCCUAAGAUCGACUCUGAGGUUCUGGAUGAAGCCCAGGAUGUGUCUGAGCUCCAAAUGCAGUGGAACUGGGGAGGAUUUCCCAUGGUGAAACACACCGACACAGACAGAGCUGCGCAUUUAUGCCAUACCUGUGCUGCGGUUGGAGUCCAACCCACUGACGUGCGGUUGUCCUGUUUUUCGCAGCCCUGUGACCCAGAGAACACACCAGGAGAGCUGAAGGUCUCAUCUCACUUCCACACCAUUGAGAGACAGGAGUCCUUUGACCUUGGCUACGAGGUCACAUCUUCGGUGAUCGGCUGCGUGAAGCCAGAGUCGAAGGCGGACUCAUUUUCUUUAGACAGCAGCUCUCAGCAAACCAGCUCUUUGUCUAAGAAGAACUUUCACGACACACUUUCCUACCACAGCGACCAUUUCCUUUCAUGUGCUUCUUCCACUGAAGUGGAUUCUGAAAAAGACUCAUCUUCUGAGACUAUUGUUAUUUGUCUCAACAAAAUCGAAGAAGGUGCUGAAAAAGUUAGUUCUGUUGCUGAAGGAGUUUCUGAAAAUGAAACUUUGAGCAAAACAAAAGAGCUGACAGAAAAGAUGGCAGAAUGCACACUCCAAGAAUCAAGCCAGGAUAGUCGAGGACAAGAAAGUGUCUCAUCUGAGCAGAGAGAAUCGGAUUCUACAAAUUCUGCUCCUGACAGAGGAUUAGUGCCCAGCGCUGUCGGAGAAGAUGACAAUACCACACUCAGAGCAACCGAUGAUUCAUCUGAAAGCUCAGCUGCAGCGACUACUGCAUCACAAGCUGCCGACACAGACACUGGGAAUGACAUGGCGAAAUCCUCCGAAGCAUCCUCCAAACUGGAACAACAGGACGAGGAAAAAAGUAAACAGAAUCAUCAUGGAGGCUCAUCGGAUAUUCACCCGGAUGACCAGACCACUCUGGACACAGAGGCGGCGGAGUUUUAUUUCCCUAAAACGGAGGCAGAGGGAGUGUUAACUCAGUUUGCUGAACAGGGCUCAGGUAGCCUGUCGCCUGAGUCAGUGGACCCUGGAGCAGUGGACAGUGGAACAGAGAAUCCGUUUGAUUCUACAUUGUGCGUCAUGGACGUCAGUAUGUCCCUUUGUGGGAAAGUACAAGACACCAGCCAGAUUUCCAAAGAAAAGUUUACAGAGCACCUUGUGACAUAUCAGGAUUUUAUCAACAACCCCGGAAUCAUUGAGGAUCCAAGUCUAGUCAUCUGCAUAAAUUCUAACUAUUACAACUGGGCAGUGGCUGCUCCAAUGAUCCUGUUCAUGACGGCAUUCCAAAAGAACCUACCAACGAGUACAGUAGAGCAGCUGGUGAAGGACAGGAUGUCCAAAAAGCCUGGUCGCUGGUGGCUCUCAUGGAGACGCAAAGAAAUGGACGACAAGCAAAAACAAUUAAAGGAGGAGCAACUGGCAAGCGUUUCUUCCACAGUCCAAGCCCCACUGGAUAACACUGAAGCUGAUGAAGCUGUAAGGCUCGAACAAAAUGCUGACAUGGCUUCCAGUUUUUCUUCAGACUCCAUAUCCAUCACGCAGUCCUUCAGCCACAUCUACCGCAAAUCACUACGUCUCUCUUCCAAGGAGAUAGAGAGUUUAAAUCUGCGUGAUGGAGCCAAUAAAGUGGUAUUCAGUGUUACUACACAGUAUCAAGGCACCUGUCGCUGUGAAGCUGCCAUCUACCUGUGGAACUGGAACGAUCGGGUCGUCAUAUCAGACAUUGAUGGAACAAUCACCAAGUCCGACGCGCUUGGUCAUAUCCUACCUCAGUUUGGAAAAGACUGGACACACAAGGGAAUUGCCAAACUUUAUCACAAAAUACACAAAAAUGGAUACAAGUUCCUGUACUGUUCAGCGAGGGCUAUCGGCAUGGCUGCUAUUACCAAAGACUACUUAAAGUGGGUCAAUGACCAAGGCACUGUUCUUCCUAAAGGUCCUGUACUGCUGGCUCCCAGCAGCCUCUUUUCAGCACUACACAGGGAGGUGAUUGAGAAGAAGCCAGAGGUUUUUAAGAUCGCCUGUCUUAGUGACAUCAGGGACUUGUUCGGAUCACACAAACAACCUUUCUACGCAGCUUUCGGCAACAGGACGAAUGAUGCUUUUGCCUAUAAACGGGUGGGAGUGUCUGAGAGCAAAAUAUUUACAGUCAACCCAAAAGGAGAGCUUAUCCAAGAAAUGUCUAAAGGCAACAAGUCUUCGUAUAACCACCUGACUGAACUGGUUGAGCAUUUCUUCCCCAUGGUCUCUGCUGAGACCAAUAACGCUGCAAUUUUGGUCUGUCCUGAAUACAGUAGCUUCUCUUACUGGAAGGAGUCUCUGCCAGAAGUGGACAUGAGCAUACUGACAUAGACCAACUUCCAGUUUGCACGCAAAAUAGACAUAAAUUCUCAUAUUUUCUCAGGGCAACCACCUUUGAUAAGAACAUAAAGAAGUAGUUGUUGAUUUUUAAUACUACACUCAGAUAGAUCCCAAUUAAACUAUUUGAUUCAAAACCACUGAAUAAUUAAUAUCCUGAGCAUUUUUAGUUAUUCCUGUCACUAAAUGUUUUCAUGAUUAUAAAAUCCUCUUUAACCUAUUACCUGAUGAAUUGAAUUAAAAUUGACAGAGAAGAACUCGACUUUAAAACACACACCAAGUAAUGCCUGAGUUGUAGGAAUAAUUCAAUGAUAAUUUGCCUUCCUUGAACCUAGUGGAGGUGUGAUCACAUAAACCACGCACGUCCAUCUGUGUGUGUGAAUUCAUUGGACUGUAUAGCAUAUGGAGUUUUAUUCUAUCAAGAAACCAAAAACUGCUUAUGCAUAUCAAAUUAAUCAUAAUUAUUAGAUCUGUUUGAUGUUAUUGGGUUUAUGAGUCAGUUUGUGUAUCGGUUACAGCUUUGAAUUUGCACUAUACUGGACAGAACACAAUCCUUUGGACGAAAAGCUAUAUUUCAAACUCGUCCAAGACUAAAGGUCAUGCACCAUUUGAAUAAUAUGGUGCAUGACAAACAGAAGGACCAUUGAACCUGAUUAUUGUUCAAUGGUCACUAUGUGACGAUGCCAGUCACAAUUUUUUCACUGUUUCAUACCAAGUUUGUAAUGGCAUGAAAUGUACACUGCACAAACGAGCAUUAGAUUCAAGACCAACAGUGAUGUUGGAUUUUGGCUGUGAACUCUUAACGGUAAUGUCGUACAUAUUUAUUAUUUUUGCAUAAUUUCUUGUCCAGCUGAUGUAAAAUUGAGUAGUUUUUCUGUAAAUCAAAUGUAGAAAAAAUAAUUUUAAAACAUCUAUGUUGUCCACAUUGUAGUUGUGUACUGAUGUAUUCAGAGUAAAUACAUUUUACUUGCAAUAAAACCACUUAUACAUAU